AUGUUCAAAGCUCUCAUCCCCCAGUCCAUAACAGCAAAGUCGGCCGCGACCGUCACUUUCCUAGGCGUCGGAGCUUAUUGCGCCCAAUCACGUCUGAUGUCAACAGCCAAUGCAGAGUCAAAUGAGUCUCCCAAAGUCUUCUCAGGAUUUGGAUUUACAACAUUGCGCUUGCAAAGCACGAAAGAUGUAAACCACAACACAAAACGACUCGUCUUUGAGUUUCCAGACGAGCACGCCACAAGCGGAUUGUCAUUAACUUCGGCACUCCUCACCAUAUCCCGCCCCGAAGGGCGCUGGUUCCCCGUACUACGCCCAUAUACACCUAUCAGCGAUCUAAACCAAGAAGGCCAGAUCGAACUCAUGGUCAAGAAAUACCCUAACGGCAAAGCGAGCACCCACAUCCACUCCCUCGUCCCAGGAGACACCCUCACAUUCGCAGCGGCAAUCAAAGGACACGCCUGGACACCGAACCAAGCCCCGCAGGUCUACCUCAUAGCAGGCGGAGCCGGUAUUACACCGAUCUACCAGCUGGCACAGGGUAUUCUCAAUAACCCAACCGACAAAACUAAAAUCAACCUUGUCUUCGGCGUCAAUGCCGAGAAGGACUUGCUUCUACGAGAAGAGUUGGAGAGCUUUAAGACACGGUUCCCAGGCCGAUUUGACUAUAUUUACACAGUCAGUCACCCGGAGGGACAGGGUGAUGGUUUCAGGAAGGGUUAUGUCACCGAGGAACUGUUGCGGGAGGUUGUGAAGGCCGAUGGGGAUGCGAAGGUCUUUGUUUGUGGACCUCCUGCUAUGGAGGAUUCGUUGGUUGGAUCGAGAUCCCAGAAUGGGAUUUUGGCUCGGCUUGGGUUUGCGAAGGGUCAGAUUGUGAGGUUUUAG